AUGAGUGGCCAGCGGCAAGCUACUUCAAAUGUAGUUAGUAGUUUUAUCAAGACGAAGUUCAGUAAUACAAAAACUUCAUAUAAUCCCGGUGAUAUCAUCGACGAUAUGCAACAUCGUUUCGGGAUAAACUUGUCAUACCACAAAGCGUGGCGUUCAAAGCGCAAGGCUGUGGAUGAGGUUAGAGGCAAUCCAAAUGAUUCAUACGAAUACGUACAUCAAUAUCUCGAGAAGGUGCUAUAUAUACACACGUAUCAAGAUUAUCCAAAAAUAGGGAGGUUGGUUGCCGGUAUCUCGGAAGACAACAAUUGCGGUGCUAACUGGUUCAACAUUUUCACUACUCUUUCCACCAUCUACAUUUCUUUGAUCCGCACCUACUUCAGACUGAUACAACAUUAUCUACCUCAACUAGAAAUUGAGUGUUGA